GUGCAUUUUCGUUCAGUAAAACAAUUCGAGCGAUGAUGCCUGUAUCAAAGCGGACGUUUGCAACAACUAGCAUCACGAAGACCUCAAAUUUAUUUCCAUGGCUGGUGUUUUGUGAAGAUAACAAUGACAUCAUCUACUGUUUUGUAAUCCCUGUGCAUAAUGAGUACUAUCUCUUGGAGUUUUCCGAGUUGCUGCUUGAUGCUACUAUCUGUUUCCAGAAGGAUGGUUGGCUAUUAAUGUCAAGAGAGGAAAUCCUAUUCUUCUACAAUCCAUUCACAAGGGAAACCAUUAAUCUUCCACACGUGGGGCAUCAUUUCUCUUCUAGCAUCUGUUUUUGUUCAUUGCCGACUUCCGCAGACUGUACAGUUUUUGCCAUUGAUCAAAGUGAUCAAGGAACAAUCACUGUCUAUUCCAUUACCAGAGGGAAACAGGUCUGGGAUAUUUUCAACUUCGAUAAUGCUAUUCAAUAUAGGCCAUUGUGUAAUCCUCCAAUUUUGCAUCAAGGGGCUUUCUAUUGCGUGGACUAUAACGGACUUUUAGGAGCAUUUAACUGGAAGGAUAAAACCUGGAAAGUUCAUGGGAUUCCGCGUGAAAGAUACAGUGAUACAUAUACGUAUCCAAGUUUCCUGGUGAAGAGUGGUGAAGAUCUGUUAUUGGUGAAAUUAGGAUGUCAAGAAAAGCUGGUUACAGUCCUAAAUUUUGAUCUCCGCGUCAAUGACUGGGUUGAAGUUGAAAGUUUGGGGAAGCAUAUGCUGUUCAUCAGCCACACCUCUUGUUUCUCAGCCAUUGCUCCCAACAGUCAAAUGGAGAACAAAAUAUAUCUCCCUAGACUUUGUUUGAAUGGAGAUGGGAUUCUGUUCUAUUCUCUUGAAACUGGUAGGUAUGACUCUUUUGGGGGUUGGCAUACUUCUAAGAAUUUAUAUGAGACAGAGAGCUGGCGUGCAAACUGCACAUGGAUUGAACCUAAUUGGUCGAAGUUCACUCCUCGAGAGCUCAACUGGGUCGAGUCUCCUUCUUAAUAUUUUGGAUGCGGCUUUGAAGUUGCCAGCAGAUAAGGAAGCUACGCCUAGAGAUGCAGAAGGGGUGGUGGGUGCAGAAAUGAGAAACAACCCUAAUCUUGUAACACAUCCUGGUGGUGUUGCUGCCUCUGUUGCUGCUAGGCUCAACCAGAACAAUGACUAGGUUGAUGAAAAUACCCAGAAAUCAGUUUCUAUAGGGAAGGGAAAAAAAUAAUUUAAAAAAAAAAACGGAAUGUCAGACUGUCCGUUGUUAAAUGUGCAUCAUGAUCUCCAAAAGAUGCUUUUAUUACAGAAUUUCUAGGUUCUAGUGGGAUUUUCCUAUAUAUACACUGCUUUAUGUUGGUGAAUAGUCUGCCUUUACGUUUGGAAAUUCCUUUGUUUUUAUACUUGUACUGAAAUUUUGGUGAAUUGGGUAUUUCAGAUAUGUGAUUAUAGAUAAGAAAAGUGGGAAGAAUUUGUUCUAUUAA